AUGACAGUGAUGACAACUAUAAAUUGUCAAUUAUUUAAAAAAGUUAACGACAUUAGUACUAACACAUUAUUAGCUAAGCAAUACCUGCCAGAUUAUUGCCAUUCGUACGUUUUAGAAGCACUUUACUUGCUCAGCUAUCCAGUAGUUGGGUACAUGUUCGUACAACUAGCGUACGCUCUGUUGUAUUUUGUUUCACAUGUAAAAUUUCAACUUUACAUGACACUUGAUAUGAUUGAACAUAUUGCUGCUGAGUAUGACGAGCAGAGUGAUGACGACUUACUUAACUGUGAUGAAUACCAAAAUACCAUAAAAGCAAGACUUGUUUUGAUGGUUACAAAACUGACCGAAGUGACAAGAGUGGCAAACCUAGCGGCAUCUAUGUUAGCGGUACAUUUCAUACCACCACUUGCCAUGUCAGCAGUACUGAUAGGACUGAGUCUCCUGAGUUUCGUCUACCUUGAACAGUCGCUUGGUUACUGGUGUUAUUUCCAAAACUUUCUGUGGUGCGUUAGCUCAACGUCGACUUUGAUAAUAUAUGCACAUUGUGGUCAAGAAUUUGAAAACAACACAAUGAAAGUAUUCGAUACCAUAUAUGCUACUCGCUGGACCUCGUUUAACACAAGCAACAGAAAAAUUAUUUUGAUAACAAUGAUUAUGUUUCAAGAACCGAUGAAGCUUAAAUUUUCGGAAUCUGUGUCUUGUAAUUAUGAACUCGGAGUCAGGAUUUCAAGGGCAGUGUACUCAUUUGCUGCCGUUAUGGCUAGGGUUAGUGACUCCCAGAGCAGCAAGUAA